UUUAGAAGGCGGCGCAAGGAUAUAUGCUGAGACAAGGAUGAGGCACGAGUUCAUCGCUUUCUUUCAUUAGAAGUAGCGUUGUCACUUAUAGAUUUCGAAGUCUUGUUUUAACUUUUUGUCCCGUGCCUGUUGCUAGUCUCUAUCUGUUCGCCGUCGCACAGCUUCGCCAGCAUCAGAAGAAUGUCGACUGCGCCGCGCGAGUUAAUCCAGGAGCAUCAGCUUUCUAUUACCCGCUACACCACCACUCUGGCACUCUCCGGGGCGCUCGCCACUUUUGUUGGGUUCGGCUUUGUCGCCAGUCUCUACGCUGUGGUCCGCUAUUCUGCCGAAUCGGAAACCUUGCAAACUAAAGACCGUAACCAUCCCGACAUUAUCAAGCGACGACUCGGCGCGGGGGGAGCAUGGACUCUGUUCAGUCUGUGCGUUCUGCGUCUGCACCGAGCCCUAUGCUGUGGGGAUGCAACUUCUACAGGGGUAUCAAGUUCCCUAAUGUUCAGCGACGCAGUGACGAAAGAACUCGAGGGGAUGUUUUUCUGUCUAGGCUUCAUUGUCUUGCUCUUCCUGGGCCCGAUAGUGGAACACUUCGCCUGCCGGUGUUACUACCAAGACUCCAACCACGAAGCGGGACGGGGUAUAUUUUUGAGGUCUGUUUGGAAAACAGCUUUCGGCCCAAACGCCAACAUGAUCUUUCGCAGAUUCAGAGAAAAGUACUGCGAUCUGCAGCACUUACGGGACCUAGUUGCGGCACCGGUAUAUGAGGAGCUUGUGUACCGAGUCUGCGUUUGCGGAAUUCUGAGGAACGCCGGCUCUUGGAGGGCAUUGACAGAUGAACAACGUGGGCCAUCACCUUUUGACAGCAAGAACUCGGGAGGUACUUCUACAGCCGAUGGCACGAUAUUGCCUCAAGGCCAGGAGCAGAACCCUCAAGUACACUCUGUUGCCGGCUUUCCAGACUGGGUUAUUCAUUACCUCUCGCCGAUGCUCUUCGGUUUGUCGCACAUCCACCACCACUACAAGAAUAAAGACAUGCUUCUGCCCUUGCUCUUUCAGUUGUUUUACACGACGGUGUUUGGUAUACUGGAGACUUUCCUCUACUCGCAAUCAGGGUUUUCCGUUCUAGGGAUAAUCCUCGUGCACGCAUUCUGCAAUUUCAUGGGGUUUCCGCGCUUCUGGUGUGUACUCGCUGGCAGCGUCGAGAGUUGGAGGCCCAGCGGUACGCAGGCGCAUCUUCGUUCCGUCCCGGGGAGUGCGACUUUUCUGGGUCUUCGACUUGCGUGUUUGCUAGCCUAUGUUGCCGGGGUUUACCUGGCUGCGCAGUGGUACAACAGUCGAGCGGGUAUUUCGUAGAUCUUCUUAGGCGUGAAAUUGGUACAGCUCCAUCAGCCUAUGUAUUCAUUCUCGUUGUUGGCAAACAAGUACAUCACACUACACCCGGCCUUUCAUUUUGUUAUUGCAAAAGUUUCCUUCAAGCCCGAAGCCGAACGAUGUGGGGACUCCGUUUCGGCGCAACCGUAAGGUAUUAACUUUAUCGCUUUCAGCAAUGAAAUAGAACAAUAGAAAUUGUACUACUAUUGAGUCAAGUUGUGAAGCUCCGGUGAUCAACAUCAUUUCCAUCAUGCGCACCAAGCUGCAAAAUACGACAGAGGGUGGCCCCCUCUGAUGUCAUAUUUUUUUUCUCGUCAUCUUCAUCACUAUCACUCGCAUUCCAUUCUUUUUCUCGAAGAAAUCAAAAUAUGGCUAGAUGGAGAGACGUAGAUGAGUUCCGCGGCAGAUUAAUGUCGAUGUCGGUUUCAAAGCAUCCAUCUCUAUGAGAAUUGUGGACAGCUCUGCAAAAAUGUUGAUGAAACUACAGUGACAGAUACAUCAGCAUUUCUGUGUAUGUGAGGAACAAGUACAUCAU